AGGUUAAAAUCAAAUUAUGGUUUGAAGGCUGAACACACUAUGGAAAACAUAAUUCUUGUGCACCAAGAGCAACAAGGAUUAAUGAAAAUUCUUGUCUACAUUAAUAUUUGUCGUAGGAUUGCAAAGUAUCCUGACAAGCCACAACAGCAUCACUUCUGGCAACAAUGA